AGAAGGUUCCUCUUUUUUAAGAUGGUGAAAUCAAUCAAAUCAUUGAUUAUUGGUUGAUGCUUCUUGGAAUCUCCUAAAAAACAAUUCCUCCAAAAAAAUUCACUCUUUUUUUCAAUUGUCACAGAUUCUCACCCUCCUUUUUUGACACUUCCAAAAAAAAUAAAUUUAACUAACAAAAAAUAAAAACAGUUGUAUAUUAUUAAAAAUAAAAGAAAAAUACAUCCUCUCUCUUCCACCGCUUUCUCUCUCCACCCUACCCCCGAAAAUCCCUCUCUUUCUCUCUCUAUUCUCGCCGGAAAAUUCCGACCCAAUUUUUCCUGGAAUUUCCCGGCAAUUCUACCGGAGAUGGUGUCCCAUGAAAACCCUAAUUGGUUGUAUGAUUAUUCUUAUAUAGAUGAUAUCCAGAUCUCUGUUCCUGAUUGUAACUUUUCUGCCCCUAAUUCUGCCUUCAAUAAUUGUCAAUUGCAGCAAGCUUUGAAUGUUCCAUUUAAUGUCAGUGCGGACAUAGAUGGAACUUAUGGCGAUUCAGAUGCCCCCAAGGAGAUCAACUCAAAAAAGAGGGGAAGAUCAGAAUCAUGUGCUCCAUCUAGCUCCAAAGCUUGCAGAGAGAAGGCACGUAGAGACCGACUUAAUGACAAGUUUAUGGAAUUAGGUGCAAUUUUGGAACCUGGUAGAACUCCUAAGACUGACAAGGCAGCCAUUUUGAGUGAUGCUGUUCGAAUGGUGACACAGUUAAGGAGUGAGGCCCAAAAGUUGAAGGACUCGAAUUCGAAUUUACAGGAAAAGAUAAAGGAAUUGAAGACUGAGAAGGUUGAACUCCGUGAUGAGAAGCAAAGGCUGAAGGCUGAGAAGGACAAGCUAGAGCAGCAAUUGAAGACCAUCAACACCCAGCCAGGAUAUCUCCCCGCCCCAACUGCUAUCCCUGCUUUUGCUCCACCAACUCAAGCUCCAGGAGGCAAGUUGGUACCCUUCAUGGGAUACCCGGGAGUUGCUAUGUGGCAGUUCAUGCCUCCAGCUUCAGUCGAUACAUCUCAGGAUCAUGUGCUCCGCCCACCGGUGGCUUAAUUGGAUGUCAUUAGUCCUUUGUUCAGGAUUACUAUCAUCACCUCUUGAUUUUCUCCUCCCUCCCCUUUUUUUUCUCUUCUUUUCAGGGUCCUUUGUCAAUUUGCCAUUUGACUGUGCACUACUUUUGUGCUGAAGUCUACUAACAAACUACAUUGAUGGAAUGUGGAAUGUGGAAUGUGUAUGUGAACAGUGGAACUUCAAUGAAAAUGCCGCUUCUGGUGGUUGAAAAUGAAAUUGUAAAUGUCUGAUUAGUAUUGCUGCCCUGUUUAGCCAUCUUGUAAAUCGGUUCUUCUGCCCCCUUGACUCCUAGUCUCAGGUUUACCUAGGUCUCAUUUGAUUGGAUGUAAGCGACUUUAUGAAAAUUUUAAGGCCUUUGGAAGGACGAGAAAUUGCAAUGUCUUGUUCACUUGCUUUCA